AUGAAUACCGAAUUGGUCGGGUUAUUUUUAUGGCAUUGGAGUAGUAGCUAAUUAUCUUGCUAGACAGCAUGCACAUCUAUGCACAAGAAGGCACGGCUAGAAAAUGCACGACGAAGCAACUUUCCUGACUCUAAUAUCCAAACUGAAGGACAGCAAGAAAAUGCACGACGAAGCCAUGGAGUGGAUUUAUGACGCGUACCUACCUAGAGUGCUGACUUCCUUACCUUCUCUUCCCCUUCUUGUUUGCAAUCCAUGGUUGGUAGCUAGAGGCUGUCAGUCUUAGUCAUUACGAUACUAUACACACUCAUCUAUCAUGACUUUCAUCAGCGUGGUAAUGUGACUCUAGGUCUCUGUCUCCCUCCUUACAGGUCGUGGCGAGAUUGACUUGUGUUGUUGCCCUAGGUCUUACUGUCUUCUUUUACAAAAAAAUACAGGUGGGACGGAGACCCUUCCUUCAUGCCUGACGACCUCAUGCCAAAAGCCAACCUGUUGAAGUACUAUUUCGCGACGCGCCAGCUGGAAGAGAGAAGCACUUUUGGUUAAGAAGUUUUGUAAUACAUAGUAGUCAGCAUCUGACAAAAACAAAAUCUCACAGACAAGAAUAUCCAACAUCAUGACAGGAUGACUCCGUUGGUGAUCAUCCCAUUUUUGAUCAUCUCAUCAACGUGACACAAAACUACUGGCUAACGCUGAGUCUACCUGUCAUUCUAUACAUAGCUGAGCAUAGACCCUCCAUAGUCCAACGUCCUUCCACUUCUUCGCUUUUAGUCAGUCUUUCUAAUUUUCCCGAGUGAAGUGGCUGUCUGAAAAAGAAGGAAGGAAGGAUCUUCUGAUGACUUGCUUGCCGAUUCGUGGCAAGAAAUUGAUCAAAUAAGGCAGCUAGUAGCUAGUUCAUCUCCAUCCUACGCAGCAUCAUAAGAAAAGCUAAUGGCGUUUGUGUAUGAGCAAACGAAUCACAGAGAGGACGAGACGCUUUUCUUUGAGUAUAGAGAUGAACUCGUGUAGACGCAAAGACCAGGAGAUUACUGACGGGGCCCACUUACGGCUGAGUAAUAUAAUUCAUGCUUCCAAAGUAAUCAUGCUUCCACAGUCUGGCUUCCUCUGUCAUGGGCUUCAAGUCAGAAAGCAUGCCAACUCGGGUGUCGCGUGAGUUAUCAGCUUUCCCUGCUAAUAAUACGAUGGGAAGAAGAGCUUUUGGACUGGAUGCAAGAUUAAGGCUCGAGCAAUCUUUUUGGAUACUACAGCAAUGCAAGUUGUAGCUUUCUUCGUGAGUUUUCUCCUCCCCAUCAAUAAUUAAAUUUGUCCAGAAAUCCUCCUGCUUCCUGAACAUGAGGUGGGAAAAGCAGCAGCUCUGUCAUCGCUCCAUCUAAAACGCAUUUGACCAACCGUGGACUCCCGAAAUUGUGGACUACUUCACUUAUGCAUGGUUCGUCGAUUGUAGAUAAGCCGAAGCUAUCCCUCCGCAGGAGCAUCAAGUGGGCACACAAGAGCGACGCGCCUGCCUGUUCUCUCAACAAUUAUUUAAUAUCCAAAGCUUCGAGCUACAGAGAUACAGGGGAUAGCUUCUAUUUCCCAUCCGCACCUAGGUAGCAAGUUCUUAGUCUAAUACAGUGACGAGCUGACGAAUGACUGGGACAUUACGAACUUCACCCCCAACAAAUUGGAAAAAAGGAUGGUGGCGGUACUAACUAUAUAGCAGUGCUUUUUUGCACUCUCUUUCUGUCUUUAAAUUUCACUUUCGACUGAAUGGGAAAAGUGCUGUUCUCUCCUGUGCAGUUUGCCGGUGGCCUCUACUAUCUUCUUCGUCAGCAUCUUCCUACCGAAUUACAAGCUUCAUUCGCUGCAUCUUGUCUCUUAAUAUCUUCCAACCAGAUACAAAACUUCUUGCACAAAGAGCACUGCGAGAAUAACUAUCAUUCGGCGACAGGGAUUCGCUGCCUCCAGUAUUUCAAUUAUGGCUGGCGAUUUCUAUGUAUCCAGAAUUUCUUGCUAGUAGUAGAGCUGAAGGUGGUACUUCAGUGCUCGAGUCUGGCGAGGUGAUAACUCGAUUAGACUCUUUAGUAACUUGUGCACUUUUUUCGUAUGUUUCCCGGCAGGCACUAUCUAUCAGUAACUAGUCACUGAAUAAAACCUCAAGACCAUGCAAAAAGCCCGAGACUGACAAGUCUCGGCCCUGCUCGCACGAGCAUUCUCUAAUGUUGCAAAAACAAUUGGUCCGC